AUGGAAUUCAGUGUUAUUUGCAACCGAGAGUUUUCCGAAGCCAGCCAACGACUUGAACCUGUCACGCACGCUCCAGAUCUGUUUAUAGGUCUCCUCAAUGGUAGCCCUUGGAAGCUCGCAGUUUGGUGGGGCACCAUCGAGGAUAAGCUGCACGGCUUUACGGGGGUUUUUCCUCCACAAGUCCUGGGUCAACUUGAACACCACUCUGAUGCUCCUUGGCAGACGGAGUGCAUGUCGGAUCUUAGUUUGGCCCUUGUACUUGGGGCACCCCAGUUGGCUCGCAUGGACCCUUGGGACACUCGUCAGAGGCGUGUUAAGUUUCUCCAGGAGGCUGGAGAGACCCGGACCCGGAGGCCUUUGCAGCAACAGACCUUUGGAUUUUUGCCCCAUCUCCAGGUAGGCACCAAGGUGAGCCAGUCUCAAGUGUUGGGAGAGGCCUCUCUGUGUCUUCAGGAGUUUGGUACACAACGCACAGGCGAAACCUCCCUCAUCCCUUUUCACCUCUCGCCCGACCCUGCAUUUGCUCGCAUGACCCGUCAUGGAGCUCGUUUUAAAGGAUGA